UGGCAGGGAGCGGCACAGAGAGAGAGAGAGCGGCGCGCGAGCAUUACCACAGCAACGCGUGGAUUCGGCUCUGUUUCCAUCCCUUCACCAGACGAGGCGGAGUAUUUAAAAAGCAUUUUUCUGGGACCACUUUGAGGACAUACGGCUCGGCGUGGAAAAAACCCUCAGAGGUGUUUACCCUGUUUUUAAUCGGGAGCUGUCGUCUGGGAAGUAACCAUGACAAGUGCUACGUCCCCCAUCCUCUUGAAAUGGGACCCAAAGAGUCUGGAGAUCCGCACUCUAACUGUGGAAAGGCUAUUGGAGCCCUUGGUCACACAGGUGACCACUCUGGUGAACACCAGCAACAAAGGCCCUUCCAGUAAGAAGAAGGGCCGCUCCAAGAAGGCACAUGUUCUGGCUCUAUCUGUGGAGCAGGCCACGCAGAACUUUCUGGAAAAGGGUGAGCAGAUCGCCAAGGACAGCCAGGAUCUGAAGGAGGAGCUCAUUGUUGCUGUGGAGGAUGUUCGCAAGCAAGGUGAGACGAUGCGUGUGGCCUCCUCUGAGUUUGCAGAUGACCCCUGUUCCUCAGUGAAGCGGGGCACGAUGGUCCGUGCUGCUCGCGCUCUGCUGUCUGCUGUCACUCGCCUCCUCAUCCUCGCAGACAUGGCUGAUGUCAUGAGGCUCCUGGCCCAUCUCAAAAUCGUGGAGGAGGCUCUUGAGGCUGUGAAGAAUGCCAACAAUGAACAGGACCUGGCCAACCGCUUUAAGGAGUUUGGAAAAGAGAUGGUCAAGCUGAAUUAUGUGGCUGCUCGAAGACAGCAGGAACUGAAGGACCCUCACUGCAGGGAUGAGAUGGCAGCUGCCCGCGGUGCUCUGAAGAAGAAUGCCACCAUGCUGUACACAGCCUCACAGGCCUUCCUCCGCCACCCAGACGUGGCUGCCACCCGUGCAAAUCGCGACUAUGUCUUCAAACAGGUCCAGGAGGCUAUUGGGGGCAUCUCCAGCGCCGCACAGGCCACCUCACCUACUGAAGAGAAGCAUGGGCAUGCCGGCAUUGGAGAACUAGCAGCUGCGCUGAAUGAAUUUGAUAAUAAGAUCAUUUUGGACCCGCUAACGUUCAGCGAGGCACGUUUCCGGCCAUCUCUGGAGGAGCGUCUUGAGAGUAUCAUCAGUGGUGCUGCUCUCAUGGCUGACUCGUCGUGCACACGGGAUGACCGACGCGAGCGCAUUGUGGCUGAGUGUAACGCCGUACGCCAGGCCCUGCAAGACCUGCUGAGCGAGUACAUGAACAAUACGGGAAGGAAAGAAAGGGGUGACCCACUGAACUCAGCCAUUGACAAGAUGACCAAGAAGACUCGAGACCUGCGCAGACAGCUGAGGAAGGCCGUGAUGGACCACAUUUCAGACUCCUUCCUGGAGACCAAUGUGCCCCUGCUGGUGCUUAUUGAGGCAGCCAAGAGUGGCAAUGAGAAGGAGGUGAAGGAGUACGCGCAGGUCUUCCGUGAGCACGCUAACAAGCUAGUUGAGGUGGCCAAUCUCGCCUGCUCUAUCUCCAACAAUGAAGAAGGAGUGAAGCUGGUGCGCAUGGCUGCGACACAGAUAGACAGCCUGUGUCCUCAGGUGAUCAACGCUGCCCUGACGCUGGCCGCACGCCCCCAGAGCAAAGUGGCCCAGGAUAACAUGGAUGUGUUCAAAGAUCAGUGGGAGAAGCAGGUGCGCAUUCUGACUGAGGCCGUGGAUGACAUCACUUCCGUCGAUGACUUCCUGUCUGUUUCAGAGAAUCAUAUCCUGGAGGAUGUGAAUAAGUGUGUGAUUGCACUGCAGGAGGGUGAUGUUGACACUCUGGACAGGACGGCGGGGGCUAUUCGAGGCCGAGCGGCACGUGUAGUUCACAUCAUUAACGCUGAGAUGGAGAACUAUGAGCCAGGCGUUUACACUGAGCGCGUGCUGGAGUCCAUCAAGCUGCUCUCUGAAACCGUGAUGCCUCGCUUUGCAGAGCAGGUGGAGGUAGCCAUUGAAGCUCUGAGCACCAACCCCCCGCAACCAUUUGAAGAAAAUGAGUUCAUUGACGCAUCGCGCCUGGUCUACGAUGGAGUGCGUGACGUCAGGAAAGCCGUUCUCAUGAUCAGGACCCCUGAAGAGUUGGAGGACGACUCCGACUUUGAGCAGGAGGACUAUGACACUCGUAGCCGUACCAGUGUCCAGACUGAAGAUGACCAGCUCAUUGCAGGCCAGAGUGCCAGAGCCAUCAUGGCUCAGCUCCCUCAAGAGGAGAAGGCUAAGAUUGCAGAGCAGGUGGAGAGUUUCCGACAGGAGAAGAGUAAACUGGAUGCUGAGGUGGCCAAGUGGGAUGACAACGGCAAUGACAUUAUCGUGCUGGCCAAGCAGAUGUGCAUGAUCAUGAUGGAAAUGACUGACUUCACCAGGGGAAAGGGCCCGCUGAAGAACUCGUCCGACGUGAUCAAUGCUGCCAAGAAGAUUGCGGAAGCUGGCUCCAGAAUGGACAAACUGGCUCGCGCUGUGGCUGACCAGUGUCCUGAUUCAGCCUGCAAGCAGGACCUGCUGGCCUACCUGCAGAGAAUCGCCCUCUACUGCCACCAGCUCAACAUCUGCAGCAAAGUCAAGGCUGAAGUCCAGAACCUGGGAGGGGAGCUCAUUGUCUCAGGGCUGGACAGCGCUACAUCUCUCAUCCAGGCAGCCAAGAACCUGAUGAAUGCUGUGGUUUUGACAGUCAAGGCUUCGUAUGUGGCCUCCACCAAGUACCAGAAAGUGUAUGGCACAGCAGCUGUCAAUUCACCUGUGGUUUCUUGGCGCAUGAAGGCUCCAGAGAAGAAGCCACUGGUCAAGCGGGAGAAGCCAGAGGAAUGCCAAACCCGUGUGCGGAGGGGCUCUCAGAAGAAACACAUCUCUCCAGUCCAAGCCCUCAGCGAGUUCAAGGCUAUGGACUCCUUUUAACUCCUGAGAUAGCAAAAAAAGAAGCUCCAAGUCUCAAAUCCCCCUCUCAACCCCCUUCCCCCAUGCCCCCCUCUCUUUUUCUUUUUCUCCCAUCUCUAGUUUACAGCUACAUGUGUUCAAGCCAUCUCCAAAUACAGAGAGGUACAUCAGUGCUCUCUCAAUAUGUGUAAUUUGGAGUGAUUAACCCCUUUGGCCUGCAUUCUCUUCUGCAAAAAGGACAAAAUGCGUUUCAUUGCCAAACGCUAACCAAAUCAGGACACAAGCAAGCAUAUAGUGGAGGAGAGUGACGUUUGUUUAUCGUUUGGGCUUUAGUACGAUUCCUGUGAUGUUCACUAGUUACCAGUGUUAACUACUGGCCAUAUUUACACAGAUGUACGAAAGAAAAUAAUGUAUGGUGCAGUAGUGUCAGCCUAUAGCUGUCUAAGGGCGCUGGAGCUCCUAACGUAAACUUUUGGUUUGAAACUGAAUAUGACUCGUAGUGCUAGGAAUAAGUUAUGUUGAAACACCUGUUUACUUUGACCCAUUAUAUCCAUAUAAUCCACAAGAUGAUGAGAAAUACUAGUUUUUUGCCAUUUAUUUAAUUCUACUGCAUCACUAACUACUGCAGCCUGGUUGGCCAUAGUGUUGAACAUACUACUAGAAAAUGGACCGAAUCAACUAGUUGUGUGGUUUGCUCAGAGAAUAAAGUAGAAACCCUGCAUACCUUUAUAGUCACAAUUCUCUAAUAAACCCCGCAACUGUGUGUUCCGA